AUGAUUGACACAGAUAUAUAUUUUCCAAAGGAUAACAAGUUGAAGCCUCUAGGGGAGGAUGCUCACUUCAUUUGUGCAGAGGAGCAGAUCAAUGGAGUGGCAGAUGGUGUUGAUGGGAGAUUCGUGCUAAUCAGAAAGGGAAAAAUCAUAUAUCAGUCACCAGUGCACCAAGUCCAACACAGAUUUAACAGUUCAUAUCAGGUAGGAAACACCACAGAUAGCCCAAGUUCAGCUGAGGAGCUUGAAGUUUUAGUAGAAGCUGGGCACCCCAUUGUCCCUAAAACUGAUGGAUUGUUCGAUAAUGUCCAUGCUGCCAAAAUCGAGCAUAUAGAAGACCUAUGUUUGAGAGAAGGUGACAUGCCAGAGCUAUUAGCUUGGACCAUGGCAAAAGUUGCUCGGCUAAAAUCUCUGGACAAAUGUACUAGUAGUUCCUUUGCAAUGGCAGCUCAUGAUGCAGGAGUUGAACACAGAGGAGGCAAAUAUGAUGACAUUGCUAUGGUCGUUGCGUACAUUCUUUCUGCAGAUUGUUCUUUGCAUUCAAAAGACAGUUUGGGAGAAAUUGACAACAAUGAAGUUGGAGAUGAUGCAUCAUCUGAUCCCAAAGAGGCAAGUGUCACAGCUUAUAAAAUGAGUAACUGGAGGAACGAAAAAAAAGCAACAAGCAAACGCAUGAACACUGGAAUAAGCUGGCGAAAUGGAUACUUCUUAGGAGAAUCAUCAAGGAAAUGGAAAAAGUGUGGAAAUUCAACCCAAAAAGUCCAUGGAAAGCUUCAACUCAAGCAAAAUCUGUUCAAUACUGGAUGA